AUGAGCAAUACAUCGUCAAACUCGAGUUCGUCUUCUACCACCCGCCCGGAGGACCGAAUAGGAUCAUUAUUGGCCGGGCGCCUAGAACUCACUGGAAUACUUGGACUCGGUGCCUAUGGAGUGGUCUAUACUGCCGUGGAUAUCUUUACCUGUACCCCGUUCGCUGUCAAGGCCUUGUCGAAAACUGGAUUGGAUGCACGACAAAAGCGAUUUCAGCAACGCGAAAUUGCGCUUCACCAUAAAGCCAGUGCUCAUCCCAACGUUGUCUCCUUGGUCAAGGUCCUAGACACUGUCGACUGCACCUAUGUAAUUAUUGAGUAUUGCCCUGAGGGUGAUCUAUUUACCAACAUAACGGAACGCGGCCAUUACGUCGGGAAUGAUGUUCUUGCCAGGCGUGUUUUCCUUCAACUUUUGGACGCCGUUGAGCAUUGUCAUUCCAUGGGAAUUUACCACCGGGAUCUAAAGCCAGAAAAUGUUCUUGUUACAAACGGUGGUCUUACCGUGAAACUUGCCGAUUUUGGCCUUGCAACUACUGAAGCUGUCACCUCCGACUUUGGAUGUGGCUCAACAUUUUAUAUGUCUCCUGAGUGUCAACAAUCUUCUCCCCGGAGUUCUAGUUGUUAUGAAUCCGCCCCCAACGAUAUCUGGUCUCUCGGAGUUAUUCUGGUAAACCUUACAUGUGGCCGGAACCCUUGGAAACGUGCUUCCCCAUCCGACAGUACAUUCCGUGCAUACUUGAAAGAUCCCCGCAUGCUUAGGACCAUCCUACCGUUGUCUUCGGAGCUCGAUAGCAUUCUACGCCUCAUUUUUGAGAUCAACCCCCAGAAAAGGAUUUCCAUUCAAGAUCUGAGAUACCGGAUUAUGUCUUGUCGCAGAUUUACCACUGGACCUGGACCAUUGGAUAGCCCACCUCUUUCAGAGGUUUCUAACAGCUCAGAUCUUGUGGAGCCAGAGCUUUUCCAGCUCCCUGCCACACCUUAUCAAUCAAAAGCUGCCGGUCUCUUUACCCCAGAUUCUACCCCCUCCACUACACCUCAAACCACACAAACCUCAAGGCCCACCCCCUUCAUAUUCUCUAAGCCCCUUGCAACACCACCCCCAUCCGAAUCUUCUUCGGUCAAUUCUCAAUUUUACAACGAGACUAACUCUCCAUCCGGAGAUGUUAGUCCCAUUAUCGUUCCCGUGUCCCCCACAGAUUUCACUUCGCCUUCAAGUCAGAACAACUGGCACUCACAUUUUCUCCAUGCCUUGGACGAUGUUGAGAAAGUACAGCAAUCGAUUAUCCGGGCUCCACAGAGCGUUCCUGUCUUUUAG